UGUUUGGUAAAUAGGCUUGCAUGUAUACAUACACAAAUAUGCAUGUAAACGAUGUAAAUACAUGUUAAAUUUGUGGUGGUAUUUUGUUGUUGUGAAAAUUGGAAAUAUGACUUAAGGUCUACAUAACCUCAAAAAACCCAUCAAACGAUUUCACGCGUUUGUUAUUUUUAUUUUUAAACGAUCUAAAAAAUUACUAUAAAAAAUUAUCGUUAAUGUUAUACAAUGUUUUAUCAUAUAUCUUUGGAGCAUGAGAUCCUUCUACAUCCUAGAUACUUUGGACCUCAACUUCUUGACACAGUUAAACAAAAAUUAUAUACAGAAGUCGAAGGAACUUGUAGCGGAAAGUAUGGAUUUGUUGUUGCUGUUACGACAAUUGAUAGUAUAGGAGCUGGUAUUAUUCAACCUGGUCAAGGAUUCGUAGUGUAUCCUGUAAAAUAUAAAGCGAUCGUUUUUAGACCAUUUAAAGGUGAAGUCUUAGAUGCUAUAGUAACACAAGUCAACAAGGUAGGAAUGUUUGCUGAAAUUGGACCAUUAUCGUGUUUUAUAUCUCAUCAUACAAUUCCAGCGGAUAUGCAAUUUUGUCCUAACGUGAGCCCACCAUGUUACAAAUCAAAAGAAGAGGACGUUGUAAUUCAAGCUGAUGAUGAAAUUCGAUUGAAAAUAGUCGGUACAAGAGUUGAUGCUACAGGAAUCUUUGCUAUUGGAACGUUGAUGGAUGAUUACUUAGGUUUAAUAUGCCAAUAAAUUCGGAUCGAAGCAUUUGUCAAGAGAGUCACUCUCUUCCUCACCAAUAAUUGACUUGUGAAGUCAUAUUUAUUAAACUAUUUUUAUAUUAACUUAAUCGGAUGAAUAAUUCGCAUUAAAUUAUAAUUUAUAAAUGUAGCAUUUAACAAUUUUUAUUAAAAAAAAUUUGUGAAUAAUGAGCAUAGUUAUUAUAAUAACAGUGAUGAAAAUUUCAAAAAAUUAAUAGUUAAUAUAAAUUAAAAUAACUAAAGAAAUAAAAUGAAUAACGCUUAUACUCAAAUUACACUCACUCCGGAAGUGAAUGUAUUUAUAAUAGACAUUCAAUAGUCUAUUAACAGCAUUACUCACGUAGUUAAUUUUGCGGCGAUAUUAGUUUUCUCUUUAUCUUGUACUGGAUCAUUAUCAGGCAUCAUUUUAUCAGCUAUAUGUUUGAAUACUUUUCCAUCAGAUCCCACAAAAAAUGUUGAAAAGCCAUCAUACCACCUAUAAUUAUGAUAAUUUAUCCAUCAAUAACUACUUUAAUUGUUUUUAUCAAUAAUAAAAAUAUUGAAAAACA